UCUCUCCUCCCCGCCGCCUGACUCACUUCCCUUCUGGGGCUGCCGCCUCCCAAGGAGCCCAAGCCCGGCCCGGCGCGCUCGGAGGACCAGGCUGCAUCAUGGACGAGUACGGCGGGCUAACAGAUAAGGAACUGAUCGCCCGCUUGAAGAAGUAUGCCAUCCCGCAUGGGCCGAUCGUUGGAUCGACUCGGCCGCUUUACGAAAAGAAAGUCUACGAAUACGAAACGGAGCGGACGAGACUCCCCGGAAGAUCAGAGGCCUACACAGAGCCAAGGAGCAGCCACAGCUACAUGCAAGAGACCUUUGUCAGUCCUCGGAACAGGGAGGAUCUCAGCUACGGGAGAGAAGCUCUUGGCUUAAAGGAAAGCUACGACUCUGCAAGCAAUGAGGACUAUACUGACUAUGGAAAUGAAGAUCCCAGCCCAACAAAGUCCUACCUGAGUCAUAACUACAGUUUCCCCAGCCACGAAGGACGUUAUACAUAUAAAGAGAAAGACUGGGAUGUCAACUCAUCAGAGAGCCCCACCUCUUCCUACCGUUACGAAUCAUCGAUAAGCAGCAAGUCACAUCUAGGGGGAGUGAGCGCCCGCCAGCCGAUCGCAGAGCCGUAUCUCUACAGUUCCAGCUUGGCGGAUGUCCCAUCCGUGAGGGACAGCGGCUCCUACCAGACGGUCUUCCAUCGGAAAUCGGCCGGCCCCUCCUCGCUGGGGGUGGAACCCCGCCGUGCGAUACGUCCCGAGCGCCAAGCCAAGGAAAAGGAUCCGGGCAGCGAUCAAGGAACCAAGCGUUACCUGCCCCUCUGGCUGCAGCUCCUGCUGUUUGUGCUGUUGGCCGGUUUCUUGGCCUUCACCUAUUUCUUCCUGCAGGGCAACGCAGACGAUAACCCCUUUGUGAAGUAUCUUCGGCACUAAAGCCUAAACUUCCGGCAUAUCUUCUCUCUGUCUAAUUUGGGGGGAGGGGGGGCGGGAUGUUUAUAUUGGGCCAUCGCCAAGUGCCUUCUGGUUCAUCUAACCUAAAAAUUGGAGGGGAGGGGUGGUGGGCAGUGCUCCCUCUAAGCUGUGGAGUCGUGAGCAAAAAAUUCUAC